CUUGACUUGCUUUUCUCCUCAGAUUUCUUUCCAGAGCCGGCAGAGAACAGCCAAAGGUCUAUCCUUGGCUCUCUGUGGUAGCAAUGGCCGCUUACACUGCUUACAGUGGUUACAGCAAGCCGCCUCAAUCUUACGCAGGCUCUUACUACGAUGAGAAGCAGGCCAAGACAUAUGCCGAUUAUCAAGAUUCUGUAGAAGAGGAAAAAAGGAGAGUUGAGAAGAAGGACCGUAAGGAUGCCAUCUGUUGUGAGGUAGUGGCCCUCAUCAUCGGCUUCAUUGGACUCAUUGGAGUGGCAGCUGUGACGGGCCUGCCGAUGUGGAAGGUGACAGCGUUCAUAGAAGAGAACAUCAUUGUCAUGGAGACUCGGUGGGAAGGUUUGUGGAUGAACUGCUACAGACAAGCCAAUAUCAGAAUGCAGUGCAAGGUGUACGAUUCUCUACUGUUUCUGCCCCCGGACCUCCAGGCUGCCAGGGGUCUGAUGUGCAGCUCUGUGGCCCUGUCCUGCUUCGCCCUCGUCGUUUCAGCAGUUGGAAUGAAAUGUACCAAAAUUGUGGACCAUCGGGCUCGCACCAAGCAUAUUGUUCUUGUGGCUGGGGGCUGUCUGUUCCUUCUGGCCUGCCUCACUAGCAUAAUCCCUGUGUCCUGGACCGCCCAUGUCAUCAUCAGGGAUUUCUACAACCCUCUGCUGAUCGAUGCCCAGCGCAGGGAGCUCGGUGAGGCUCUUUACAUCGGCUGGGUGACUUCAGCUUUGCUUUUCACUGCGGGAGUGAUCCUGCUGUGCCGUCACGCUCCCCGCACCCAGGAAUCAGAUGAGAGGAUUGUAUACAACAAUGGAAAUAUCUACCAGCCUGGAUACCCUUAUCAGCCUGCUUACUCCUACCAGCCAGCUUACACCUACCAGCCUGGCUACCAGCCUGCCUACUCAGUACCCCCACCUGGGUCUGUGGCAUACACACCAAGUCAGUACUAGUAAGGAAAUUCAAGACCUUUUUGGACUAUUUUGUUUUUAAAGACUUGGCACAUUUUAAUGAGUUUUAUCGGACUAAUGGGACCAAAGCCCGUCACUGGAAAUGGACAAAUCUUUUAUUACUUCCACGUUUAUUACUUGUGUUUUGAUCAUCAUGCAUUGUGCUGAAUUACUGUAUGUAUUGUUUCUUGACAUAUGUGUAGUUAACACUAAAUGAUAUCAGUCAUUCAAAAGUAUUUCAUCUGUAACAGCGUAAUACAAAAGUGACUGAUAUCACUGUCCUAACUGCCUCUGACAUGCUCUUUGAGAACAAAUGAUGCACUAGGCCUUCAGAUAAUAUACAUCCAUAUGAUUGUGUUUACUGCUGAGUUUUUGUUGUGAAUUAACCUUUUUUUUUAUUUUUUAUUAAAUGAUGACAUAAAA